GACGAGGAGGGGUAGUUGGGCGACGGUGGAGGUCGAGGAGAAACUUUGUGGGAGAGCAAAGGCAGAACUCGGAACAGGUCGUCCAUGACGUGCCCCCACCCACGUGACCCCGAGCGACCACUCCCAGCGCGGCCGUCCACACACUUUCUUUCAUCCACCGGCAUCCAUGGCUAAACGAAAGAGACAACCCGACUCCGACCCCGUGAAAUCCCUCCUGCCCCAGAAAAGGCACUACAGGCAGCGCGCGCACGCUAACCCCUUUUCCGAUCACAACCUCGAUUACCCCGCCUCGCCUGAUGCCAUCGACUGGAGCACCCACUAUCCCGCCUUUGCUGGCACAGGGAAGACGCCGGAGUUUGCAGAUGUGGGCUGCGGCUUUGGCGGUUUGCUUAUUGCACUGGCCCCCUUAUUCCCCGACACGCUCAUGUUAGGCAUGGAAAUCCGCGUCCAGGUCUCGCAAUACGUGCAAGAUCGCAUCGCAGCCUUGCGCGCGACUACCAAACCAGAGACACCCGACGCGGAGACAUCGUCUCCAGGUCCCUACCAAAAUGUCUCGAUAGUCCGAGCCAACGCCAUGAAGUUCUUCCCCAACUACUUCCGCAAGCACUCCCUAUCGGCGAUCUUCUUCCUCUUCCCUGAUCCCCACUUCAAACAGCGCAAACACAAGGCUCGGAUCAUCUCGCCGACACUUCUUGCCGAAUAUGCCUAUGCUCUCCGUCCAGGCGGCAUCGUGUAUACAAUCACGGACGUACUAGAUUUGCACGAGUGGAUGAAGACCCACUUGGAGAACUUCCCGUUAUUCGAGCCCGUGGACGAAGAGACUCUUCGAUCGGAAGGGAAGGGCCCCAUCCUCGAUGCUGUGCGGCAGAGCACAGAAGAAGGUAAGAAAGUCGAACGGAACAACGGCGACAAGUGGUUGGCCUGCUUCCGGCGUAUUGAAGUCAAAAGGGAAUAAGGUCUAUGGAGGCCAAAGAUUGUGUAUUACCUGUGCUGUAGCGAUACAUUUGAAUCUCAAUACACAAAUGUGCCAAUUCUUGUCCACAUAACGAGCAACGUCUUCAGUAAUCUUCCAUUCUCUCCUCCAUUACAACAUCUCUGUCGCCUACAUCAGGCCCACCACCACUCCCGACCCUAGGUGCAGCUCCCAUAGCAGCUACUAACGACCUUGUCCUCUCCUUGACGGCCGCCCUCAUCUCCUUGUGGAUAACUUUCCCAGCUUCGCAGCCUACCCGGAAAAUAUCCUCAAAUCGGUCUACGUGCAACCGCGUCUCCAUCGUCACCAGCGUCACCUU